AUGGCUUCCCUCUGCUCGCCUGACGCUCUUGCUGCGCCGAAAUUCUUUGGCGGCCAUGUCUUCAACUUCGAAGUCAACUUGGUUGAGAACUACAACUCGACAGCCGUUUCUCUGCUUUACUAUGGCCACCCAACAGUCAAGGUUGAAAACGUGAGCUUCUGCAACAUCACGGUAACCUACACGCACCCCGGCCAAAAUGACACCAUUCACGUCGAGACUUGGCUGCCUCUGGACAAUUAUAACGGCAGGCUCCAGUCCGUUGGCGGUGGUGGUUGGGUAGCUGGUCGAUAUCCGCCCAGUUACACUGCUAUGAGCGGCGCUAUCGGGGAAGGCUAUGCUACCAGCACCACGGAUGCUGGCCUGAAGAUGCAGCCAGACAUGCAGCCAAACAUUUGGGCCUUGGCCAGUGAGGGUAACCCAAACCUCUACGCUCUCAACAACCUCGGAUCUGUGUCUCUCCAUGAUCAGGCUAUCAUUGCAAAGCAGCUGAUCAAGAACUUCUAUGGCCAGGGGCCAGAGUAUUCAUACUGGAGUGGUUGCUCCCAGGGCGGCAGGCAGGGCAUGAUGCUUGCGCAGAGGUUCCCCAAUGCCUACGACGGCAUCCAUGCUAGUGCCCCAGCCAUUUACUGGAACCAGCUGUUUGGGUCUGCCUUCUGGGCGCAGUUCCUCAUGAACGACAUGGAAUACUAUCCGUAUCCUUGUGAGAUCAAGGCCAUUACCGAUGCCGCAGUCAAGGCUUGUGAUGGACUUGAUGGCGUCAUUGACGGCAUCAUCGCUGACGAAGCCUCUUGUCGAUUUGACCCUCUUUCUGUUGCUGGGACAUCUUUCAACUGUGCCGAUACCGGCAAGAAGAUGAGAAUCUCCAAGGAGGCCGCUAUCCUAGCCAAGGCGACAUGGGCUGGUCCAAGGUCCAAGGACGGCAAGUUCCUUUGGUACGGCCCCAACAUCGGUAGCCAGCUGAGUGGAUCUACCACGGCGUUGACCAACGAUAUUGGCCUUGCCAUGACUGAAUGUUCGAAUGGCACAUGCACCGGUGUACCUGUGGGACUGGGCGAAGUUUGGUGGAAAUACUACAUCAAGUCUGAUCCCCACUGGUCUUAUAAGAACAUGACGCACGAGGAAUACGAAUCCUACUUUCGUUCCGCGAUACAGCGUUAUGACUCAAUCAUUGGGACGAGUGAUCCUGAUCUGAGUGCUUUCCAUAAGGCCGGAGGAAAGAUCCUUGGCUAUCACGGUAUGAGCGAUCAGAUCAUUCCCGUCAAAGACACAGAGCACUACUACGAUCAGGUUUCCAGCAAGAUACCUAAAGUUCACGAUUUCUACCGGAUCUUUGAGGUUCCAGGUCUCCUUCACUGCUCUGGCGGCCCGGGAGGUCAGCCCAGCAACACAUUCGACGCACUAAGAGCCUGGGUCGAGAACGGAACUGUCCCAAACACUCUUGAGCACCACUAUGUUGACGCUGACGGAGAGAAGCAGAACCGCUUGCUCUGCCCAUAUCCGAAGAAGGCCCAGCUAAAGCGAAAGGCAAAGGGGAAGAAGGAUGUUGAGAGCAACGACUUUGAGUGCCUCGAGCCGUGA